AUGCGCGACGAAGACUUCUGCUGCGCCGUCUGCCUCGAUUUAUUCGUGGAGGUGAUUGUCUUACUCUUCCGUGGAUCAUCAGUACUUUUAUAAUUGCAGCCAGUUAUCAUUGAAUGCGGUCAUUCGUACUGUCGACUUUGCAUUGAGAGCCACUUAAAUGUCAAUGAAAAGUGUCCUUUAUGUAGGUCACAUGCUGGAAAUCCCAUAAGGAAUCGGCGAGUUCAUCUUUACAGAUCUUUUUUCAAUUUCCGGUUUCAGACAGUUGGAAUCCCUUACAAUGAGCUUCGUGUCAUCUCGGAAACUGGCAGAUGAGUAUUCCGAACGGAUGAAAUCGAAUCAGAAGAAGCUGUUGCUGCAGAACAGAGCCCUCGUUAUAAUCUGGACGGAACUCAACAAGCACUCGGAGAACUCGCUGUGUAACCUGAUGAAAGUAGGGAAACUUAUGAGAUCAGUUCAGUGAGCAUAGAUUCAGAAUGUGGAGGACCAAGAGUUGAAAUCAGAGAUCAUGCGGCAAGUGAGACAGCAGGCAGGAGUCGGACUGGAACACAGAGGGGACCUUCAGAGAGAAGAUGCGACGAUCUGGCUGAGGAGCAAGAAGACUCCCAGUUCACCGAGAGAAUAG